AUGUCGUCUAUUCACGAAAUGCAGCUAUCCAGGAACACCAUUACAAGGCGGUGCGAGACCAUGUCACACGACAUUGAACAGCAGCUGAGAAAUUAUAUUGACACUUGCCUUUGUUUUUCUCUACAAUUUGAUGAAUCGACUGAUGCUGUGGAUGUGGCGCAGUUAUGUGUUUUCAUUCGCAUGGUUUUUGGUGACAUGCCGGCAAAAGAGGAGCUUCUUACAAUUUUGCCUUUGAAAGGGCACACAAGAAGGUCGGAUAUUUUUGACACUUUUAUGGAGUUCGUCAGUAAGUCGCAUUUACCUCUCUUCAAAAUGACAUCUAUAACAACUGAUGGGGCUCCAUCUAUGGUUGGGCGUACUGCUGGAUUCGUUGCUCUUUGCAAACUAUCAGAAUCUUUCCCGGAUUUUUUGAGCUACCACUGCAUCAUUCACCAACAAGGGCUGUGCGGGAAGAUUCUAAAUAUGAAGGAUGUCAUGGACGUGACAAUGAAAAUCGCAUGCUCUGUUCGGGCCAGGAGUUUACAGAGGCGUUUAUUCCGUGCCAAGCUCGAGGAGACAGGUGCAGACCACACCGAUCUGCUGCUGCACACUGACAUCAAUGACUUGUAUCUCGAGCUGCAGGGGAAAGGAAAGCACAUUGCCAACAUAAUCAGUUCAGUGAACGCCUUUAAAACGAAGUUACGGCUGCUGUUAAGCAGGUUGCAAAAGUGUUAUCUAAGAAACUUUCCGCACAUGGAGGCAGAGCUCCGCCAUCAGGGCAAAGACAGUGUGGAACUUGCUCCUUAUGAGCAACAAAUCCAAAACAUUCUGUCGGAGUUUGAGCGCUGGUUUACAGACUUUGCGUCCAUUGAGCCCGUAGCUCAGUUUCUAUGCUUUCCAUUUGGGGAAAAUGUUGAUGUGGAUUGCAUUACGUCCAAAGUAGCCACACUCUUCAGCCUGGACGCCAGUGCUGUUGAGAAUGAAAUUCUCACACUGCAAAAUGAUAUUGAGAUCAAAUCAAGAGCAACACAUGGCAUAAGUGACGAGUUUUGGAACCUGCUGUUGAAAGAAAAGUAUCCAAGCCUCAGACAAUGUGCACUGAAUAUGACUUCCCUUUUUAGAUCAACAUAUUUGUGUGAGUCUGCCUUUUCACACAUGAAAAUUAUCAAGUCGAAGUACAGAACCACAUUGACUGAUGACCACCUCGCAGCCUGUUUAAGGCUGGCGCUCAGCUCCUACUGCCUGGAUUAUGAGAAGCUAGCUGACUCCUCCCAGUGCCAGAAGUCCUACUAA